GCCGACCCGGCGCCCCUGCUGCUGCCGCCGCAGGCGCGCUGCCUCGAGGGCAGCCUGCGGUCCCUGGACGCCCCGACGGACGGCACGCCGGCCAGCAGCCGGCAGCCCGCCGGGGCCGAGGCGGAGGCCCGGCCCGACCUGGGCGAGGCGAGCCCGAGGCGGGGCGGGGGCCCCCGGAGCCCGCCGCCCGGGGCGAGGCAGGCGAGUGCGGCCCUGGCGUCGCCGCUGAAGCGCUGGCAGGCGUCGACCAGGAACGUGCUGCACGCUUUCGGGGCCGCCGCGGCGCGCUUUGCCGUGCGCGCGGUGUUCGUCGCGUGGGCGGGCCAGAGGUGGCGCGGCCGGACACGGGGCGAGGACGCGCGGCUGCGGUGCACGGCCCUGCUCGCUUGGAAGGCCGCGGGGCGGCGACCCGACGGCUGCGUGGCGGAGGGCGCCGCGGCGGCGCCGGAGAGCCAGGAACCCGCCAGCGGCCUCACCCUCGCCGCGCGCGCCGAGGGCGCCGCGGCGGCGCCGGAGCGGCAGCGGGCCGCCCAGGGCCAGGUGAGGACUGCGUCGGCGGCCGUGCAGGUCGCCCGGGCGCUGCAGGGCGCCGCCGCCGCGGGAGAGACCACCUGGCUCCGUGCGUGCCUCCACGCCUGGCAGGGCAGGGCGGCGCACGAGCGGCUGCUGCAGCGCGUGAGGGCGCUGGAGGCGGGGGCGCCGCAGGCCGCCCGCCCGCACGCCGAGGCGCGGGAGGCGCGCGGCCCCGCCGAGGCCCAGGCGCUGGAGGCCGCGGGCCUGCGCGCGAGGGCCUCGGAGGAGGCGCAGGCAGAGGUCGCGCUGGUGAGGCACGAGUUCGGCGCCGAGCUGGCUGCCGAGCGGGCCCAGCGCGCGGGGUGGACCGAGCUCGCGGAGAGCACGCAGCGCCGGGCGGCGUGCCUCGUGGAGGAGGCCCAGGAGAUGACGCUCGCGACGCAGCGGCACGCGGCCGAGGAGGCUCGCUCCGCGGCGCGCCACCUGCAGGAGCUCCAGCAGGCGCUGCAGUACAGCCAGCACAUGGAGCAGGAACUCCAGCACAGGCUGGCGGCGUGCGAGGCCGCGAGCUGGCAGCACUCCGAGGCUGCCGCGGCACGGGCGGCCGCCGAGCCGCUCGCCGCCAGUCUGGCCCCAGAGCUCGCUGGCAUCUUGGCGCAGCGCGUCAUCCUGGCGUGGCGCCGCGCGAGUGGCGCGAGCUUCGCCGCCGAGGCAGAGCUCCUGCGCCGGAGCUGGCGGCGCUGCGAGGCGGCGCGGCGUCUGCAGUCGGCGUUCGUAGGGUGGCGCGGGAACGCCAGGGCCUCCGGACUGCUCCGGUGGAGGUCCCGGGUGCACGGCCUGGCGCUGCUGAGGGUGGUCGUCGGCACCUGGCACUUGGUCGUCUUCGAGCUGAGGACGGCGCUCGUCUCGCCGGCGUCCGGUUCGUCGCUUGCGAGCCCGCGCGCGCCUUGGGCGAUCGCCACGCCGCCGCUCGGGACCACGGAGUCGACCCGCGUCGGUGCCCUGGCGCUGCCCGGCCCUCGGUUCCCGUGCGGCGUGGUCGGUUGCAACGGCCGAUGCGCCCCGCAGAUGGCGAGCAAAGGGAGGCAUGGAAUGCCGCCGGACAUCGGGGGAGUGCAGGAUGUCCGCUGGAGCCGACUCGGCAGCUGCCAAUCUCCUUCACUUCUCGCAGGCCAUCUCACGUGCGCUCUCGCGGUGCUCACCUGUCUCUUUGUGGACCUGCUGCUUGCCGUGCUAACGAUCGGGCGGCGCCUCAUGGCCAGGCCCUCCAAGGCGUGCGGCCUCGUGCAGAAGUCUGGCAAGAAGUACGCUCUCGCGAUCGUCCUGCUCGUUAGUUGCCUGCUGGCCGCUGCGCUUACGGGAGCUGCUGUCGGUGCCGCCAGCUACACGAUGACGUUGGCCACGGCGAAAUUGAGUGCCCCGACACGUCAGGCUUCUUGUCACCACGGCUGGACGCGGCUCGAAAACUUGGCCAGGAAGAGCCAAACGUACGGGAUGGCGCCAGCUGCAAUGGCCGCGACGUGGAGCGAGCUGGGUUUCGACUGCACGUUGGGGUACCCCGGGGAAGGACGCCGCGACGUGGUACGCCACGCUCCCACGGACGGGCAGAGCUGCUACGUGCGCGAUGUGUACUUCCAUUAUACCGCCGCAGCCGACGUGCAACUCCAACUCGACACGGCCAGGCGCGCCAGCAGCGACACCAACGCCGAAUGGGCGGACGCCAUCACGCCAGAAAUGGUUCAACAACCAGUGCCCACGGCCGCCCAUAUACCGCCGCACGCUCGCUGGGUGGUGGGCGCCAUCAUAACGGAGCACACGAAUGCUUUCGCCCACGAGAUCCACCACGGCACCCCGGAGUCCAUCACCAAGGCGGCCAAGCCGCACCGCAGCUCUUCCCACACCAUCAGCCACAGCCACCAGCCGCCUACGACGAACAGGCGGUCAACAAAAUGGCGGCGGCCGAGGUCGCCGAUGGGGCUUCGCGGCACGCAGUUCGGGUACAAGCACACGGCUGGGGCGGAACUGGUCCACAAGCACGUGUCCACUGCCCUCCACGUCCGCCCGGACUACGCUGUGCUCUCUCUGGACGCUGCAGACGCCUUCCACAACCUGAGCAGGGUGUACAUUAACGGAGGCAUCGAUGCCCACUGCCCGAAACUCCGCCGAUGGGCAAGAGGCUUCCUGCGGGACGCCGGGCAGGUAGUCUACCGCGACACCGGGGGCAGGAGACACAUCUGGAACCAAACGACGAGCAUCUUCCAGGGGUGCGGCAUGGCCACCGCGCUCUUCUGCCUCGGACUCGACCGAGCCCUUGAGAGGGCCAAACACCAACUCGACCCAGCAGGUAUACAGCACGAGCUUUUCGGCUACAUCGACGACCUCACCAUCCUUACGAAGCCUGAAGACCUGCCCACCAUAUACGCAGCCUACACCAACACACUGAGCCAAGCCGGAGACAUGACGUGGCACAUGCGCGCCACCGGGGUUCCCGCCCAAACGGCGACCCAGCUCGACGCCGACCUACUCAGCACGCUGGAGGAGCUAGUGCAAAAGCAAGACCUCACAGCGGAGCAGAAAGAGAAAUACUGGCACCCUGUCGCUUGGGGCGGCUUGGGAUUCCAGAGCGUGAGCGCAGUGCGCCUGUAUGUUCAGGCGGCCUCGCGGGCACUCUGCGAGAAGCCAGUGCUCCAACGACUGGGCCUCCGCGACAGAGAUGACCUUCUUCAUUAUUGCCCAGGCUUGAGGCCAGCGCCCCACCGCCUCCAGAGCACUGUCAACGCGCUGACACAGGAAGCGGCAGCGCAGCAGGCACCCGACACGGAACCGCCCGACACCGCCCAGCGGCGCUUUACCAGGCACAGGCGGCACGCAGAGUGGACGCAGUGGCCACGACGCACCCAGACGGAACUGCACCAACGGGCCUGGGCUCUUAGCACGACAGGCAAGGGAGCAGGCGCGUGGCUCGGGCCGCCCACGCGGCCCGACCACCACCUCGCUGACGCCCGCUUCAGGAUGGCCGUGAGACACAGACUCGGAGGUCUUGUACGCGCAGUUGACGGCCUCUGUCCCUUCAGAAAGGAGGACGGAACCCUCUGCGCGGGCACCGUCGACACUAAGGGACGCCACGCGCUUUGCUGCUCCUACGGCGGCUUCGCGGUUCAGAGGCGCAACAACCUGCGCGACACCAUAGCGCGAGCCCUACGUGAAGCCGGCAUUUGCGACGUCGCAGUCGAACCAUGGAUUCGCCCGCCCACCGGGCCGGGGAAUCCGGGUCUCCGCGCGGACCUCAUGUGCACCGGCAUUGACGGCCAACUGGCCGAACAGGCCAAGCGCCGCAAAUACAACGGAGUCGCUGGUUUCCAGCCCCUCGGCUUCGAAGUUUCGGGAGCCAUGGGCGAGUCCACCCGGAAAUGGCUCGCGCAGCAAGUGCUGGAGGGCCCUGGGCGACAGGGGGCUCUCAGCACUCGCUGCCGGUCCAUCGCCACCUGCGUGGUCCGGGAGGCGCACCCCCGCGGCCGCGGCACCCCGGGCGGCGCCGACGGCGCCGCCGGCGGCGGCCUCGUGCUCCUGGCGCGGGGCCAGCGGAGGCCCUGCGGAGCGCGGCCGGGCCUAGGCAGCUUCUUGGACCAGGGCUCGACCUUCGACGCCGCCGGCCCGGCCCGCGCGGCGCGGCCGCGGCCGCCCGCGGGGCACGCCGACUUCCUCUUCGGGGGCGGCGCCGCGGCCAGCCGCCGGAGGCACGCCGCCCCCGGCACGCUGCCGCUGGAGGGGCGCUGGCAGGCCGGCAAGGCGGCGGUGCUGGACCUGACGCCGCGGCUGGCGAUGAUGGCAGGCUCCACUGCGGCGUGGGACGCCCUCAAGAAGAGCUCUCUGGUGAGGAGGCUGGACCCCUUCGGGCAUCACUCGUCCGACGACAGUGAGCUGCGGUGGUCCAGCAGGCUGCUGGUCCGCAACCUUAGGCUCUGCCUGGCGUCGGAUGCUUUCAGCGCCAUGGUCAUCCUGAGCACCCUCCGCCAGCAGUGCGACUCGCCGCUGAGGCUGUGGCUGCUCGGGGGCAUGGCGCUGGGCUUUCCCGGGGGUCGGCGGAUUUUGUGA